AUGCCGCGAGACGCUAAUGGCAGCAUCUGGCGUCGCAAAACUCCGACUGCUGAACGCAAAGAUAGCGACGCUGAGCACCAGAAGAAGCGUCCGCGCCGCGGAGGGCGUCGCAAUGACGGCAAUAAAAAUGCCAGAGAGGAUAGUAAAGGCGACAGCCAAACCAAACCAGCGGCUGUCGCUGAUUCAACUAUAAAGCAAGAGGCAUCUUCUCUUGAUGUUGGGGUUACGAAUCCUGUCAAUUUGGACUAUUUGUCUGACGUAUUCUUCGCAUCGUUGGACAUCUCCGCUAACAGUAAACGCGCCAUCGUUGAAGAUCUCAAGUAUGAGCGACUCACUCACGUGCAGAACAAAACGUUUGCACUAAUUACAGAGGGCAAAGACGUGCUUGCCAAGGCGAAAACAGGAAAUGGAAAGACCAUUGCUUUUCUUUUACCCGUAAUUGAGAAAUUGGUCAAGGAUGGCCGUCGCUCAGACGUCAUUCCAGUGCUUACCAUCUCGCCGACACGUGAGCUGGCACAGCAGAUCGCCACCGAGGCCACGCGCGUCACCAAGUUUCACGAUAUCAAGAUCGCUUGUUUUGUGGGUGGUAUCAGUAUCAAGAAAGAUGAGCGUGCUCUUACAUCCGGAACUCCGAUCGACAUUUUAGUAGCCACUCCUGGACGUCUUGUUGACCACCUAAAGCAAAAUACUGGUAACAUUGUGACUCGCUUGGGUGAGUGUAGUGUCUUAAUUCUAGAUGAAGCCGAUCGACUUUUGGAUAUGGGUUUUCGCCCUGACAUUAUGCGUAUCAUCGGAUAUUUACCUCUUGAACGUCAAACGCUUCUGUUUAGUGCGACAUUCCCUACUUCUACCGAUGAGUUAAAGCAAGUCGCUUUGCGCGAGGACUAUGCGUUUGUGGACACCAUCGAUGAGAACGAGGCAGAUACAAACGUGCAAACCGACCAAACGUACAUUGUAUGCGAGAUGAAGAACGUUAUCUCUAUCGUGGAGUGUGUACUGACGGAGCAUAUGAAGCUACCAGCGUACAAGGUAAUUGUUUUCUUCCCGACGGCUCGUUCGGCGCAAUUUAUGGCGCAGUUAUUCCAGGCUGCAGGCUUUCCAGGUAUUUUAGAGAUACACUCGCGAAAGAGUCAAUCGGCGCGAACGAAAACUGCUGAUGCAUUUCGGAAGAGCAGAAAAGUAAUAAUGUUUUCAUCUGAUGUGUCAGCGCGUGGUGUGGACUAUCCCGAUGUGUCUCUUGUGUUGCAAGUAGGCUUUACCGAUCGCGACCAGUACAUUCACCGUCUUGGACGGACAGCUCGCGCUGGUAUGACAGGCAAAGGAAUUCUUAUUUUGUCUGAAUUCGAAACGGUUGUACUUGACAAUUUGGCGGAUUUGCCUUUGAUUCAGAGCACAACUUACUCUCCUGACAUGCUGAUGCCAUCGCAACUGAAGACAUUGAAAGUUGUAAAGAGUCUUAAAAGUUUUAGCGAACUAGAUAGGUCGGCGCAGCAAUCAUACCAAGCGUGGCUCGGUUUUUACAAUACGCAAAUGAAACGCUUGAAGUUAAAUCCUGAGCGUCUCGUGCAACUUGCGGCCGAUUACAGUCGAAUUAUUGGUUUGGAUGAGGUGCCAAAGCUUGAGAAGAAGACACUCGCAAAGAUGAGGCUCCUUGGCGUGCCUGGUAUCCAGCCUUCACCAUACACGCGUGACAACGGAAGUAACUCCAGCGGAGGUACUGGUGGUCGCGAUGGCAACGGUAACGGUAGUCGCGGUGGGCGCAAUAGUAGAGGUAUCGGCGAUCGCAAUCGCGGGGGUAAUCGUGAAAGCAAGAAUCGCAGGUAA